GACUCAGAGUUGCAGCAACUUCGACAACUGAUCGACUCAAUGCGUCAAGAUCGCUCAACUGAUUCGGCCGUCUCGACGAUGGCCAGCUCAAUGCACGCGGUGGAAACUAGUCCGACAACCUGUUCUAACUCCCAGCAACAUGAAGGCAGCGGCGGUGGCACAAUGGGGCGGCAUGGCAACGCCUCUCCGACACACUCUGUUAGCAUUUUCUCCACGGAUGACCCACAUUCCAAGUGCUUGGACCUCGGGGAGAACUCCUGUCACACCUUGCCGCCAGGCUCGCUGACACCUGGCCAAUGCGCCAAAAAGGCCAAUUGGUUACGAAGUUCCUUCUGUAAGGCCUUCAAAAAGAAGGGUUCCCAGACCUCCCUGCUGUUGCCGCCGGAUUCGAGCAAGUCGGAUUCCUACAGGUGGGGCGAUGCGUCGUCCCAUGUGGUGAAAAAGACCUCCAUUCCCGACGAAAUUACCAGAAAGGCAAUUUGCGAAUUCAAAUCGCCGGACCAUCAACACCACCAGCAUGAAAAGGCAUCUUCGGAGAAGCCGCCCCGAACGGGCGUAGUUGUCAGUGGAGAUCGGUGA